CAAAUACCUCGGUUUCUAGGUUCUGCGGCAAAUCGAAAAACCAUGGCGGAGCAGAAAGAAAACGCAUUCCAGAAGCAAGAGGUUAAAGGAAAAAAGGGUGGAAGAUAUUACAAAAGUAUCGGUUUGGGAUACAAAACUCCGAAAGAAGCCAUUUUUGGCAACUACAUCGAUAAAAAGUGCCCUUUCACUGGGAAUGUGCGCAUCCGCGGACGCAUACUAACUGGUGUUGUCCGGAAAAUGAAAAUGACUAGAACGAUUGUCAUUCGUCGCAAUUAUUUGAAGUACGUAAAGAAAUAUAACAGAUACGAAAAGCGACACAAGAAUAUGUCGGUCCAUUUAUCCCCAUGCUUUCGGGAUGUGAAUGUCGGUGAUACGGUCAUCGUUGGUGAAUGCAGGCCACUUAGCAAAACUGUUAGUUUCAAUGUCAUAAAGGUUAUGAAAGCACCUGGUUCUAAAUACAAGAAGAGCUUCACUAAAUUCUAGUGACAACUUUGCAAUAAAUCCCUUCCAACGGA